GAUGGUCAGAGACAAACAGAUUUCCUACAGUCAUCAGGCUGUUGACACUGAUUUCAGAAGCAAUGGGACGUUCGACAGAGGUCACGUAAUUCCCAGUUCUUAUGGCAGCACAGAAAACGACAAACGGUCGACUUUCACCUUGACCAACAUUGUUCCACAAGCAGGUUCGUUCAACAAGGGCAGCUGGAACAGGAUGGAGAGCUGCGUCCGAUGUGUAAUGGAUAAAUACUGCACCAACAGCAGCGGCUUCACCGAAGGGUUCGUGGUAACUGGAGCUCAACCCAGCUCCAGCAACAUCCUUAACAACAGGGUCAACAUUCCCUCCACGCUGUGGACGGCCUUCUGCUGCUACAGCGCCGACAUGAAUGUCUGGAUAGCGAGCGCUCACUGGGGCAACAAUGUUCCCGAUGGCGCUAAAAACAAACACCUCCAGACGAAGACACUGGCGGAGCUUCAUGACCUGCUGAGGACCAAAGACUCAGAGUUCAGAGUGUUUCCCGGAGCUCAUUGUCCUCUGCACACAACCGUCGCCGAGUUCUACCCCCAGGGCAACAACUGCCACUGCCCAUCCAGUGGCUCAUCUGCUCUUCAUAGUUCUGCAGUAGCUCUACACUUGCCCCUUACAGCUCUGCAACUGGCCCUCACACUACAUCUGCCCCUCUCACUUACACAUCUGUUUGUCUUACUGCAAUAUCUGCCCCUUAAACUUUAGCUGUUGCCCUUCCCAUUUCAACAUCUGUUCUUAACAAUUCAACAUCUGCCACACACAGUUAUACAUUUGCUUCUCUUAUUGCAACAUCUGGUCACCUUUCCCAAACAUCUGUCCCUCAAAUGUAAACAUCCAUUCGUCUACUGCAACAUUUGCCCCAUAAUUUUUUAUGUCUGCCCCUCAAAUGUCAUCAUUUGCCCCUCAAACGUCAUGUGCCCCUAAAACUUCAAGAUCUACCUCUCAAAUUUAAACAUGUGAAUCAAAAAAUGCAAUUGAAGCAAUUUCUUUACAAAGUUUCUGAAAUAUUGUAGAUCAGAAGUAGGUUAUAUUUUAAACAGAAAACUCUCCAAUAUGUUCAUAAAGCUUUCAUUAAAUUUUACUAUUAACAUUUAGUUUUCACUCAAAAAUAUUAAAUGAUGUCAUCCCCCCCCCCCCAGGGUGUCAAAGUUUUAUCUGGUCUUAUUUUAUGCAUUUUAAAAUAUCUGUAGUAAACCUGAUGUAGUGAACGUAUGAAAAACGUUUUCUUGCCAUUUUUUUCAGAAAUCAUUUAUUUUAAGGCUAAAACUUUCAAAGAAGAUACCAACAUGUCAAAUAAAUCAUCAUAUUUUCAUGUUUGUAUCUGUAAUCUGUGUACAAUGAGGCCAUCUGACCAAGUUUUAUCUGAUUACUGUCUUAUCUGAUGAAUAUCUUGCUGUGUUUUGCUCCAUUGAUAAAACCUGAUGCGCCUGGAACUGAUGAACAACAGUGACAUUUGGACAAACAAAAUUAAAAGCUACAUACUAGAAAGGACUAUCUUCUUACAACGGUACAGGGAUCCUCGACUUACGUUGGAGUUCUGUUCCUGUGGAUUGAUGUAAGUCGAUUUUCGCCGUAAGUCGGAACUCUGGCGAAAAUCUAAACAAAUCUGUAACAUGCAUCAUAAUAUCAAUCAAUUCUUCAGAAAAGUCAUGAAUAUCAACGACUUUCAUGCAUGUAGGAGUCAUUUUACAAGAAAAUAACAGAAUAUGUUGCACUGUUUUUACAACUUCAUCUAAUAAUAUCAAUGUUUGUUGGUGUUUCGCCCUGUUCUGAUAUAUCUAAUUUCCCUUCCAUGGAGAUGGCUUUCUUUUUCCUCGAAGCACUGUCAUCAGAAUACUCCGAGUUACGUUUGGGAGCCAUAAUGAAGGGCAAAAAGUUAAAUGUAGUACAAUCCAAGAUGGCGUAUAUCUGGCGAAUGUAAACAAAGCCGUCUUAUAGCGCUGCGUGACGACGUAAUCGUCCACUCUGCUUGCCAACUAGUUCCGACGUAACAAUGAAACACUGUAUGUUGUAAACCGAGGACCGGCCCAUAAAAAGUUCUGAUGUAAUGACCAAACGCCGUAGGUCCAGGACGUCAUUAACAGAGGACCCCCUGUAUAUUGUGUUUAAAGUUGGUUUCUGCUGCCCUCAAGUUCUCACAAAAAGAAAAUCAGAUUUUGCAAGUUUAAAACCUUUAAAAUGCUCAUAUGAAAUGAUUUUUGAAACAUGAUUCUGAGUCCAAUACACCCCUGAAGAAUACUAUGUAAAUGUCAAUGUACUACAAACUCCAAAUAUUCCUCUUCUUUAAGUUUCUGCAGACUGGAAGUCAUCUUGUCAUCCAAUGUUUAUGAAAAUCCAUGGGCAUUCAAUGGUGCAUCUAAAAAUAUCAUCUCAACAUCUUUUGCACUCAUGCAGCCCUAACAUCAUCACACUUCUACCUCCGUGCUUCACUGUCAGGACUACGCAUUCACUGCAGUAGUCCUGGACAAGUUCACACCAACCAAACUGGACUCAAUCUGAAUGCAACUAAUUUAUCUUGGUCUCAUUUCACCAAAGAAUGUGCUUCCAACGUUUGUGAGGCUUCAUAUGUCAUUUAGCAAAAUUUGAUCUUACAGGGCCGGACUGAAGACUGUUGUGGCCGACUUUGACUGCAGUGCCUUCAGAGAUGUUAAGGGAAGCUGCAUCAUUGACGUCUAACCAUGAAACUGACUUCAUAUGUGCCUUGGGUUUGUUGGCUGUCAUCAUGGCUGAAAUAGGCUAGAUUAUAAUGCUUUCUUAUUCGUCCUGUGGAAUGGGUUUGUUUGUUGCUGGAAUUAGUAAUUUACUAAAAAAGAAAUGCUAAAAACCUUCUGGUAUCAGAUUCUAAAAUGGAAACUUUCACUUCUUUUCUUUGCUUGUAAAUUAAACAUCACUAA